GAAAUCUGUGCUGAAGGAGAUGAACCACAGCAGUGCUGACCAGGACUGUGAGUCCACACUGAUGCCGCAUUAUCUCAGUAAAGAGGAGGCUGUUGCUAUGGAGAUGGAGUUGCUGAGGGACUAUCACUUUGGUCUUCAUCAGCUGAUAGAGAUUUUAGGUCAUGCCUGUGCAGUUGCCAUUACAAAGACAUACCCGCUGAGCACUCUGGGUAAGAGGCAGCCCACUGUCCUGGUGGUGUGUGGGCCGGAUCAGAACGGCUGCAUCGGCCUGGCGUGUGCACGCUAUCUGAGAUUAUUUGAAUACAUGCCCACUGUCUUCUACCCAAAACGGUCUUCACAAAGUCCUCACCUGGACUUUACUGUACAGUGUGAGAAAAUGGACAUCCCCUUCCUGUCCUACCUGCCCACUGAGGUGCAGCUUAUAAACGAUGCAUAUAACCUGGUGGUGGAUGCACUGCUGGGUCCAGAGACAGAACUGGGAACAGCGAAAGAACCCUUCACCAGCAUCAUGCUUACUCUCCGAGGGGUUAAAAUCCCCAUCGCCAGCCUCGACAUCCCUUCAGGAUGGGACCCUGACGAAGCCAGCAUCGACGGGAUAAAUCCCAACGUCCUCAUCUCUCUGAUAGCACCAAAGAGAUGUGCACUCAGUUUCUCUGGGACACAUUUACUCGCUGGACGCUUACUGCCCUACGAUAUUCAGAGGAAAUAUGAGCUGAACCUACCCAAAUUUCCCAGUACAGCCUGUAUUACUGAACUACAUUAACAAACCUAUAGAAGACUUCCAGAAAAGUAAUUUAUUCUAGUUAAAGGAAAAAAAAGAGCUGUUUUAGCUGGAGGAUGUAUUUUAUUGUUGUAAGAUUUGGGGCACAAAAAAGAUGUUUACAGUGUAUACAAAAAAAAAAA